UACAAGUGCUCAGUUUUAUAAAGCAGCUCAGAUUGCACUGAAUCAGGGCAAGCAUAAAUAGAUGCCUUGCUAUACAAUUAGCCACUUUAGAAGUUUCAAGUUUCCUGUGUGUGAAUUAGCUCAACUAAGCUGCAGAGCAUGCAUUGGCUAGUGACUACCUCUUUAUUGCUCCUGAAUUUUGGAUGGAUCUGUGGACAUGAAAUUAGAUCUGCAGACUAUAAACCUGAUUCAGAGUCUGAAUUGAUAGGCUGUCUAAAAAGCAGUAAUCCAGAAGAAAUAAAGAAACUCCGUUUAAAUAUUUUCAAGAAAGAAAUUUUGCUGAGAUUGGGCCUAGACAAAGAGCCUGAGAAUCCCUCUUUUGAAGUGCCAAUCACUUCCUACAAGGAACAAAUUAGCAGGGAUUAUGGUGCCAUUAGAGCUGGUCACCUGCUGCAGGACAAAGAGGUCAAGCCCUGUGUGGAGGUGGACAAGAGGACAAGCAGGCUAGUGGUGUACUUUCCUGAGGAAGUGGAAACUGAACACUCACAAUCAGCUGCAACUGAUGGCAAUUAUCUCGUGGAUACUCUUCGUUUCAAGUUCAAUAUUGACCUCAAUGGCCACCAAGACGUAACCGAGGCGGACCUAAGACUGUACAAACUUGUUGUUGACGACAGCAGCGCAGUAGCAGAAGAAAGAGUCGACAUUUACAACUGGUUGCCGGGUGGGGAAAACUACUAUGGAGAGAGUCAAAAAAUUCACGCUGUAGCUGGAAAUGUUAAAACAGACAAAAAUGGAUACACUAUCUUCAACGCAGCCGAAGCCAUUAAUACUUGGAAAGUCAAAACUCCAUCACUCAAAGGAGAACUAAUCCUACAAGUUGAGAUAAGAACAGGCAUAGAAGGAUUCUCCCUACCUCCGAAAAUUCAGUUUGCUUCUGAUAAUGCAACAACUCAACUAGUCAUCAGAACAAUUUUGAACGAACCGGAAACUAGAUCUAUGUAUGACCCAACAGAAGUAGACUCAUUGCACAAACGAAAUGCUGAGAGCUACAAUACUGGAAUAAUUGACUGUGCAUUGCAACCGCUGUCUAUAAACUUUAGAAAAGAUUUUAAUUGGACCUGGGUUCUCCAUCCUGAAGUACUGACAUUGAACUAUUGCAAGGGUUUGUGUGGCCGAGCAAAUGCAGAAAACCAACAUUCGGAGUUUCUCGCUCGAAGAGCUACUAUUCUCUCUAACCCCGUGGGUGCCUCAGAACCAUGCUGUAUUCCGAACUCUUUCGAGUCUGCUACAUUAUCAUUAGCACCCCUCUUUGGACCAGAUGGAACUCACCUAGAAAAACUAGAUAAAAUCACCAUAACUUCGUGUAUUUGUAGAUAGUUUGCUCGUUUUUUGGUUGCAUCAUCACACAUUAAUCAUUAUUCAGUCUGUGUCUCUUACUACAACACCCAUAUUGCAGACUACAGUCAUGUUUUCCUGUCUUAAAGAUAACAAUUGCUGGUCAACCCUUAA